UCUCUCUAAAACUCGACGCUGGUGCUUCUAUAUUUGGCCCUGGUCUGCCUCCUCUAAAAACAUAUCCUGUCCCUCUCAAUCUUUCUGAAAACUCCAUCGAGACGUUCUCAUGGAAGGCAGAAUUGGAGUCGCUGAUACCUCAGCGAACGGACAAACCCAUGAUGCUCAUGAGAAUGUUAAUGGAGAUCCAGUUCCUGAGAAUGGCCUGUAUCGACCUUAUAUACAAAUCCCAAACCAGUGCAAUACUUGUAUGGUUGAUCAACCUAGGGCUUGUCAGGAAACCUUAACUCUUUCCGAGAACGAACGUCGAGGCCGAGCCUCUUCUCAUUUUCUGCAACUGCUUGGGGGUGCUGAUGAAGUUCCUAAGUUGUUCCAGUGCUUUGUUUGCCUGGAACUUGUGUUCAAACCAGUUGUACUUGCAUGUGGGCACCUUUCUUGUUUUUGGUGCAGUCACAGAAUCAUGAACUCCCUUGGAGAGUCCCAUUGUGCUAUAUGCAGGAGAUCUUAUAUUCAUUUUCCUAAUGUCUGUGAAGUGCUUCACUUUCUUGUCAUGAAAAUAUUCUGUGUGGCUUACAAAGCAAGGGCAAAACAAGUGCUAGAAGAAGAAAAAAAGCGGGAUGUGUUCUCACCUCAGUUUGAUGAUAAUCUAACCAUAGAAAGUGCACAAAAUGACAGUAUUGAAGAGAAGAGUCUGAACAGUUGGACCUGUAAAGAGGUUUCCACCAAAGAUGCAUUGUGCCUCAUGUGCAAGGAGCUGCUUUAUCGACCUGUUGUUCUUAAUUGUGGCCAUGUAUAUUGCGAGUUCUGUGCAAUUGGCCUUCUGGACAAGAAUUUGAAAUGUAGAAAAUGUCUAUGCUUGCACCCUGGAGGGUUCCCCAAAGUUUGUUUAGAGCUGGAGCACUUCUUAAAGGAGGCAUUUUCUGAGCAAUAUGCACAUAGAAGAAAUGCUGCAAUUUUAAAACUCGUAUUUCAGCAUCAAUAUGAUCGUCUUCUUCGCCAUAAACAUGAGGAUACAUCUACUUCAAAAAAGGAGGAUGAUGAAAUGCCUAAAAACACAUCGGGUCCACAUGCGUUUCAUUUCGGAGUUGGAUGUGAUUCAUGUGGGAUGUAUCCAAUCAUCGGGGAAAGGUACAGAUGCAAAGAUUGCCAUGAGAUCAUAGGCUUCGAUUUGUGUGGGUCUUGUUAUAACACAAAUUCGAAGCUUCCAGGCCGGUUCAAUCAGCAACAUAGGCCCGAACACCUGUUCGAACUCACUCCACCAAGAAGGCUUAAUGGUGCCUACCUCCAAUCCCUGAUGGAAGGACCUUUGCUCGAUGUGAUGGCCCUCAUGUAUGAGUUAUCUGAUAACGGUUCAGACCCUAGAAUUAUAUCUGAAGAUGAUAAUAUCACUGAAGACCCAGAAGAUAAUGGGUCAGAACAUUUAGACAUGUUUGUGGAUAAUAGCACCCAGGGCCAGGAAGACAGAGAUGAUAGUACAUGAAAAGCCAUGAUUGAAGGUAUUUGUAGGCCCAUAUGCAUCUUACCUCUUUGCCCUUUUAUCCUUUUAAUAGCAAUUUUAGGAACAGGUAAAGUGUACACUAUUAGAGCUGUUCGUAUUUUAUUUUUAUUUAUCAAUAUGAUAUGUUUGUUUGUUUUUUUAUAGUUAUAAGUGAGUGAUUUAUGCCAAUAUAUGUCUUUGAGUGCCAAAAUAAUCUUUUGUUGAUUUUGGAACAUAGACUUAUUCUUUUGGUGUAAAUAGCCAUAGCUGUUUGAAAUUGUUGCAUC